GGACACACGCCGCUUCACUGUCUUAUUUUCUGUCCCACUCAGUUCCAUAACCUGCAGGAGUUGAGGCACAGCGCAUCUCUCGCCAACAAGGUGUUCAUCCAGAGGGACUACAGCGAAGGGACCACAUGCAAGUUUCAGACCAAGUUCCCAUCUGAGCUGGAGAGCAGGAUUGAACUGACUCUGUUUGAGGAGACUGUGAAGACGCUGAACAACUUCUAUGCAGAAGCAGAAAAGAUCGGAGGCCAGUCUUACCUGGAGGGCUGUCUGGCGUGUGCCACGGCUUAUCUCAUCUUCCUCUGCAUGGAGACUCGCUACGAGAAGGUGCUGAAGAAGAUAGCAAAGUACAUUCAAGAGCAGAACGAGAAGAUCUACGCUCCCAGAGGCCUGCUCAUCACUGAUCCCAUCGAAAGGGGAAUGCGUGUUAUUGAGAUAUCCAUCUACGAAGACCGAGGUUCCAGCGGCUCCAGCUCCGGCAGCAGCUCGGUGUCUGGCAGCACCGCUCGAUGACUGGGCGCAGAGCUGUCCCUGCAGGAAAACUUAGGACAAUAACAGCACUCACGUUCCAACAGCCUUCGUUCACAUCCCGUUCUUUUACAUUCAUACCGAGCACUCGCCAGCCUCCACGAAAAUGUUUGUGACCUUGACCUGUCAUCGCACAGUCGUUCCACAGUAGUCAAAACACGCACUUCAGCCGUCUCAAAGAUGCAAACACGUACCGAUACACCUCAGACAGGACUCACCCUCUCAAUGUAACAGUAAAAAAUCAAGAUAAAGUAAGUCUCCCGACAAGGUA